UUGAUCAGAAUGGUUGUCAAGAAAGAAAAAAACGCAUUUGAAAUAGCUCUUAGGGUACAUAAAAUAAGUUCUGUAUUUUUGAUCUAUAUAAACAUUGGACUUUGUUCUUAAAUUUCAAAUCGUUUUUUUUUAUUCAUGAUUAAAAUCGGUCCUUGUUGCCAAAUUAGAAGAAGUUUCCUGUUUUUAUUCUUCCGAUUGAUAAGCACGCGAUAAAAAUGGGAAUGAAAUGAACAUUUUUGAUAAAAACUGAACUUUCAUGCUCUUGAAAAGCUUGUGCACCCACACAGGAUAUCCACUGAAUGUCAUCCAGUGAUCACGCAAUUAGAAAUGGCGUGAAAAAAAACGAGGAAUUUGUAAAAUUUCCUUGUAAUUUUCAACGAAAGUCUUGGAAUGGUGUGACUCCAAAUUAAAAUGGGAUUGCAGAAAUAUAUGGGGUCAUGCUGAAAUGUAACACAGAAAACAGUGAAUCAGCAUUUUUACUAUGCUAUUCAUCAGCAAUUAUUAUUCAAUUUAUUACAAUUGUCCUAUUCAUGGUGCGGCUGUUGACACUAUAUUUUCCUAUAUUUCGAAUUGGCGCGCUGUGUAGUUCCGAUUUGAAAUGUUAAAUUACAUUGAUGUGCCCUUUGAAAUUGGGGGCGCUCGCGUCGCCUCAAAUGACUUUGACGUUCAACAGCCGCCACACGGUCCUAUUAUGUAUAGAGAAAAUAAAUGAAUUUUAUUUUUUCAUAAAAAAGGGAGAAUGAGUCGAACUAUUGUUGGCAAGACCAUCUAUUUUCGUGAAAACACUUACUUGUUAUAAUUUAUAACUUAUAAGUUGUCACUGACAUAGAUUCAUUCUUCACUGAAUAAGUGAAAAGAAAUACACUGCUCUCAAUCGCACCCAUACACAUGUACCUAUAUAGAAUUUUCGAUUUUUAAAGUGUAGAAUAAUUGUAUGUCGGUAUCCGAAGAAAUCAGAUAAAGAGCUUUUAAAUGACUGUGACAAUGAUAAAAGUUCAAAUUAUACCUAGUCAGGUAAUUCUUAUCACCAAAAAGCGCCAAAUAACAAUGCACUUUGAUUUACUAUCACAUCGAGUUUCCAAGCCGAAUUUCUUUUCAACUUAUCAUAAAUGGAAUUUGUCCAACAAGUCGUUGGGAAGGUGUUUUGGGAAAAACUUGAACCAAUACCUCGAUUCCAUUAUAAAAAUGUGAAAUUUUCACAAAAAUGUAUCAGUUGACUUGAAGGCGCAGUUUUUGAAAGAACCAAAGAAAACAAUGAAAGUUUUAAUUGCCGUCACAUUUUUGUUGGCUGUAACAGUAUCCAAUGCACGCGUUUACCAAUUUGUAAACCGUGAAUUUGGUGUACCAUUCGAUGACUAUUAUAACUUUCUCGAAUGCGCACUAACACAAAUCGAUCAAUACGCCAUGGAACUCGAUUGUGAAUCACUCUGGGAUAAAUAUCGCCAAAAUUUGAUCAACAAAACCACUGAUUUCGGGGACUGCUCGAACCGCUUCACUGAAAAUGAAAAAGAAGAGUGCCGUCAUGAAAUAUUCGCUUCAGCCGAAAAAAUUCUCGGUGUCCUCUACAGUCAAUUGCAGGUGUACAUCAGAUGAUAUGCAAUAUGAUCCAGACUCCCUUUAAAAGUUCAAAUUUUGGAUCGAUCAUUCACAGUGC